AUGUUUGAGUGGUCGAUAGACACUUCUUCAGUAUCCGGCAACAACGACUUUAGUUUGGGGUAUUCAGAUUGCAAACAUCAUCCAAGGCGCAGAGUAAGUCAAGCGAAUGCACACAUUGCCUGGAGAACCCUCCCGAGAAAUGACUGGCAGAAUGAUACAAGACGGGCCGCGGAUCCAAGAGUUGUCUUCAGUCAACUUACACUUGUAUUGAUUGCGUACAAUACCUGGAGACGAGGCUUCUGCAAGAUCAUUGCCGAUUCUGUUGGGCGACCUUCGAGGCCCUUGACUGCCGAGUAUCUUGAACGGUCUCUGCUCGAUUCAGUCGCCGAAAACAUACCCAAGCAUACAAAGCUUCAAGAGAGACUGUUUGAGAUUGUCGGUCGAUUAGGCGCACUUUUUGGAUCAGGCUGGUUCUUUGAGUGGCCAGGAGGCAAACGUCCGUUGAACUCAACAUGGCCAUGGGCUGAUGUGAAACCUUCACUAUUAGUUUUAUGGGGUGUCUGCUGGAUGUUCGUCAUUGCCCACCCUUACAACAUUGGCGGUCGCGGAUACAGUCCAGGAAACAGCUUGAGCCGCAAUCAGAACGGCGCUGGAUCGCGAGGUCGACCGCAACAGCGAAGUGCUGAUAACUACUAUCUUACCCCUCCAGCACAAACCCAAUCGCCCGUCGUCAAGAGAGAAAAUCUCGGUCACUCGCAUACGCUCCGGGGUGACUGGCCACUUUUUCAACAAACCGUCGACUCCCUCAACAUCGACGAGGCAGCGUAUCUCUACUCGACUUCGACUUCGACUUCGACUUCGCACUCGGCACCGCCACAGCAGCCAAUAAUACCUAUACCAGUCAUGAUGCAGGCUCCCGACCAGCGACCGUAUCAUCAGGCCGGCCAGGCAGAUACGACUGCGCCUUUGACCGCCAUGCGCAACAGCAGAAGCACCCGCAUAGUCACGACUUUGUCGCCAGCUCAAGGCAUCCUCCACGAAUUCCCGGACGGCAACGCGCAUACGAAUCACCACUCGAAUACAAAUACAAAUGCAAACGACGCCAGACGCGUAGCUGAGAGCUUGAAUGCUACACAAACACACUCGCAGAAUUACGGCCAACCAUCCGCGUUAUUACGUUAUCACGAGAGCCCGAAUCCGAAUGCGGUUAAGCGCGGCCACACGGCGACACCGGAAAAUUCAGGCGAAGUCUUAGGCCAACAACACAACCAAGCAUUUCAGAACCUACAACACCAGCGCCAGCAGCAGCAGCAGCAGAGACCAUAUUACGAGUCGUCUCGCCACGACAAUACCAAGCCGUUCCUUAGAAGUACCGCCUCGACCAGCAGCCACUUCACCAACACCUCCUACCUGCCAUCCUUCCCGAGCAACGACACGAUGUCGAUCGCCGCGUACGAAUCGGCACAUCGUCCGUUUAAUGGAUACCCUACGAUGCCCUCAAUGCACGACGAUCAGCAGGAGCAAGAUGACAACAACAUGCAACACCGGUAUCCGUCGCCCGGCGCUGGCCUUUCGGGUCAUCCAUACAAUGAUCCAGUAGUCGAUCAAACCGCGGAUAGUAUCGCGUUGGAGUUGCAACAAGAGUUGCCACAGCAGAAAGACGAGUCCCUGCCACCAAGUCCGGGAAGAAUGAGACCGAUACCCAAACCUGAUCGCGAAGUUACAAAGACGGAAGAGGGGAAAUAUAUCUGUAUGUGGCAAGGAUGUACGGAAGAACAGAGGCUAUUUAAUAGAAAGUGCGAAUGGUCCAAGCAUAUGGACAAGCACGAUCGACCAUAUAAAUGCCCAUCUGAAGGAUGCGAAAAACUUCCAGGCUUCACAUAUUCUGGCGGUCUAUUGCGACAUCAGCGGGAAGUACAUAACCUUCACGGCGGUCCUCGAAAACAGCUUAAUUGUCAUUACCCGAACUGUAAGCGGCAUAACGGAAAAGGCUUCUCACGACAGGAGAAUCUGAACGAACACCUAAGACGCGUUCAUACCGCGCCUGCUGGCGAGCAUCCACCCGAUGAAACCGAGGACGAUAGCAGUGAAGGUAGACCUUGGAAGAGGAAGAGAGGCAAUACCGGAUCGGGUGACAGCGAUGUUCGGGUGGAGCUGAGUAAGCUUAGACUUGAAAAUGAUGAGUUGAGACGGAAUUCAGAAAUCCAGUCCCGGCAAGUUGCACUACUAUCGCAGCAAGUUCAAGCUCUCGAAGAUGUCAUCAAUGGUCGGGUAAAUGUAAAUGCCGGUGCCCCUCAAGCCAUGAUGUGA